AUGACGGACGUCUCGGAUAUAGCAAAGGAGACGGAAGAUAAAAAUACUGCCUUCCUUUGCCUUCUGUGUUUCCAACCGUAUGACAAUCCCAGAGAACUCCCGUGUUUUCACACAUUUUGUCAGCGUUGUUUAGACGGCUAUACCAUGUCCAAACUACCAUCGGAUGAGAUGUUUCCUUGUCCUGUUUGUGAGGAGCCCACAUUGGAAAGAUGUACCAAAUCUCCCGUGACCACGUGGUCAGCUUUCCUUCCGCAUGAUGUGGCUCAUCGACCUUCGUCUGCGGAAGUCCAGAGAGAUGAUGACACGGCUGUGUGUGAAGGAUGUAAGAGAGAUGGUGAAAAAAGUAAGGCGACCCAUUGGUGCCGACACUGCACCGAAACUCUCUGCACGUCUUGUAGAAUCGCGCACAGACGAAAUAAAAAAACGACUGCUCACAAAAUUAUUGAUAUCAAUGACGUCAGCAAAGUUGGAUCGCCUACACUGUCCCCUUCGGUCCGCGAAACCUGUCCCCAACACCCGGGUAAGACCCUGGAGGUCUACUGCAUCGACCAUCAUGCGCUGUGCUGUAUCUUAUGUUUGGCCGUUUCACACAGGGAAUGUAAGCACAUGAGGAGUGUCGAGGAUGUCUCACGUGGAGCUAUGGCAACGUGUGACCACAUCUGGGUAAAGUUAGACGCCGAAUCAAAGAAGCUGUUACAAAUAGAUGAGCAAGCCCUUUCUGCUUUAGAACUGGAUAAAGAAAACGUGACUUUAUCAAUUGAAACCAUGAUUGAUGCUGUAAGAAAGACACUAGAUGAACUUCAAACGAAAUUUUUAGAGGAUGUUAAUAUUGCACAUGAUAAAAAUCGACAGCUUUUGAAGCAACAUAAACGAAACACAGAGCAAUUUUACACGAAUAUGAAGAACACGCGACUUCUAAUGUCCCUGACAGAUGGGCAUGUGACGCCUCGUCUGGCCUUCAUAGCACGUGACCAGGCGAGCGUCCAGCUUACGAGUCAUUACCAGCGUCUCAAGCAUAGAACACUUCAAAGUCAAAACGUGUACAGAAUGGAAAUAGAAACGGAUGACAUUGUCGACAAGAUGACUCACGCUAUAAGAGCUGCAGGUGAUUUCAAGGUGACAUCCACGCUUUCAGACAGCACCAGAGACGCAUUAUCAUCGGUCGGAGCGUCUCUUGAAUCAUUACGUAAGACACAUACUUUUUCGUCAUUCGCCGAUUCCAUUUCGUCCUCCGACAUGAUUGGUUCGUUGACAAGGGGCAGAUUGAUAGGCAGAAAAGUUAAACCUAAGACUGAAAUAAGAUCUGUGAAAUCGCACCUGCUGACGUCAGUCCAGUCCAAAAUUUUGGGAGGGAGACAGGCGAUUCUGUUAACCGGCGGUGCAUUUGUUGAAGACAAGUGGCUAAUUAUGGCAGACUGCAAUAACAAAAGACUUCUUUUGUUCGACGAGGAUUACAAUUACCUGAAACAAUAUGCUAUAAACGGAUGUCCAACAGAUGUCGCGAGAGGGUGCAAACCAAGCGAGCUGUACGUAGCAGUAUACAACAAGGAAGUACUCAAAUGCUCUUUUGCAUCCGGGCAUCUUGACAUCGUCGGGAGAACGAGCUGUCCCACUUUGACAUGUGGUAUUGAUAUAUUGGAUGGGAAAUUGGUAGUUGUAACUACGGAGACAGUCAAAGUAUUGGAAAUAGACGAACCGGAAAUAAACCGUGCCCAGAUAACGACCACCGGAGCUACGUGUAUCGGGGCAUGUAGUCAGCGCCACCUGUAUUAUCACAGGGACGACAACUCCGUAGUAGGUCGAUCACUUAACGGACGUGAAGUAACUCGGUAUGCUCACCCACAUCUUCGCGAUCCGGUGGGCAUAUGUUCUGAUAGUUUUGGCCAUGUACUUGUAUGUGGCUAUCAGUCCGGAAAUGUUCAUGAGAUGGCGCCCGAUGGAACAAGAGGUCGAGUUUUGGUGAAAAAACUACACCAAAUCAAGCAUCCAUGGGCCGUUAUUGUGCAUCCGAGCGGACGUGAGUUUGUGGUCACUUCCUGUAAGGAAACAACAGCGUUUGAAGUGUACAGAUUCAUACCGGGAAAAUGA